UGGACACACACAGGAUGUUGUUGUUUUUAUACAGGAAGAGUAGUGAGAACUGAAUCACACAAAGCAUGGAGCUGGAAGAUAGAGGAGGCAGAUAAUCUUGUAAUAAAAAUCUAAGGAACCAGGUUUCUCUGUUUGAUACAAAGGAUGGAAAGGUGAAGCAUCAUAGGAUGUCACGCACGAUACAAGCCUUACAUAAUGGAACGAAAACGUCAAGGAAAAACGAGUUGGAAUUGCCUUGUGCUACUGUUAAUACUGCUCAUCGUCACUGUGUUGUUCAUACAACUUCAUUCUUUUUGUUCACCUGGACAAAAUCUACCCUUUUAUCUAGAUACAGCCAUGAAGAACCCAGUAUUUGUCCCCAGGGCCCACUUCAAGAUGGGGCAGAUGAAAAAUUGCUCCCCGUGGCUGUUUUGUGAUGCUAUUAAGAAUGAAGUUCGGAAGCUGAAACUUGUGGGUGAAGGAGCAGUUAAGAAGGUGUUUUUGUCUGAAUGGAAUGGGAUGAAAGUUGCUCUUUCUGAGCUCACAGUGUCAGAUCUUCAGGAUGACUUUUUUCACGGGUUAAGGAUGCUACAGACCCUGCAGAGCCGACACAUAGUAACCCUUGUAGGGUACUGUGAAGAAACAUUCACCAUAUUGACUGAAUACCCACUUGGCUCCCUGAGGAACUUGGAUAAAACCUUUAACCUCCCUAAAUACGAGAGUUUAAACACUUGGCAGAAUCGGCUGAGACUUGCCAUAGACUAUGUGGGCAUUAUCAACUAUCUGCACAAUAGCCCUCUUGGUACACUGGUCAUGUGUGAUUCCAACGAUCUAGACAAGGUUCUGUCUCAGUAUCUGCUGACAAGCGACUUCCAUGUGGUGGCCAAUGAUCUUGAUGCUUUGCCUUUAGUAGACAGAGACAAAGGUGUUUUGGUCAAAUGUGGCCAAAGAGAAAUUACAGGGGACUUUGUUGCUCCUGAGCAGUUGUGGCCCCAUGGGCCUGAGGUUGAGUUUAUAGAUGAUCUCAUGCCUCCGUAUGAUGAGAAGACUGACAUCUGGAAGAUCCCAGCGGUGACAGAUUACUUGCUUGGUCACGUUGAAGGCAGUGACAUUGUCAGGUUUCAUUUGUUUGAUAUCCACUCUGAGUUUAAAAAUAAAGCGUUAGAGAGGCCAUCUGCUCAGACAGUGCUGGAUACUUACAGAAGGGUCCUUGUCAUUACUUAUGAAAGAGAUGUCUGUAUCUGAAACAAAACAGAUCUCUGAAAUGAUGAUUCUGUACAUAAUAUAUAGUAACACAUUUACUAUAUAUUUUCUAUUAACAAGUCUGUAUCUUUUUUAUUUUAAAGUGCCCCAUUUCCCUGUUUCCAAAAAUAAAUAC